AGGUCCACUACCCAGAUUUGAUGUUACCCCGCUCGCAUUUUUCAUUCUAAGUAAGCUACCCUUUGAUACACCCCUCGCUUUUCUAGCUCUGUAGUAGUACACGACGCACGACAUCAGCAACUUCCCUUGUUAGAACCGACCACGACCUAUUGGAAUGAUUGUCAAACGCAAAACUUGAUAAAGUUGUCUUCCAGCUGCGCUUCUUGACUGAGAGGGGAGACGUAGUUACAGCUGCAGGAUCAAGAACUAGAUUCGUACUCUUUUAGAAGUAGUGACACGAGGACUCUUUUGUGAAUCCACUUUGAAGAAUAGAUUCACUCAACAUCUAUGCCUCCAACUUCCCCCAUGAGCGGUUUUCAACCUCCCACACGAGCGGCCGGAGCGGCCCAGUCCGCAGUACUGUACAUCUUUCGCAAGAGCGACCUGCGACUGUCGGACAGCCGCGGAAUCGAGAAGGCGCGGAGCUUCGGGCUACCGGUGUGCUUCGUCGCGUGUCUGGACAAAAAGCGGGAGUGGAGUCGGUUCGGGAACGAAACAAAGUUACCAGCUUGUGGGCCCUUGCGGCGACAGUUUUACAAGGACUGCUUCGAUGACAUUGAACAAUCGCUGCAGACACUUCGGCGCAGAUGUGCUACGCCUUCUGCCGCACCCCCUGCGCCAAGCAAGUCCGAAGAACCACUCCUCUGGCUCUCGGAGCUGGAUCUGCCGAGUUUUGUGGAGAAAUUUGGCGAUCAUUUCGCACACAUCGUCUGCACGCGGGAACGCGGGAGUUACGAAGAGAAGGCGGAAAAGAGCGCGGAGCGGAUUGCGAAAAGACACAAAGCCACGAAGAUGCACCUGGUGACGGACGACACCCUCAUUGCGGAAGAAAAUUUCCCUUUUCGGCCCCUGGACGGGAGUUUCGCGGACGGCAAGAAGCCGGUGUUAAAGGACCAAUACACCAGUUUCCGCCAAGUCGUCGAGCAGUGUUUAACAAAAGAUCGCGAGUCCAACACCGUGCCCGCGUGGGAGUUUUGUCGGACCUAUUGUCCCGCUGUCGCGCGGUCGCUUGCAAUAGCGGAAGAGAAAGCGGUGAUGGCCGACGUGGCACCCCGUUGUCUCAUCAACAACAGCAACGGGAACAGAGAUCCAGCACCGUUGCAAGUGGUCAGCUUGCGAAGUUUGUUCGGGGAUGAAGGUCUCGUCGAGAAAGACUCAUCUUCUUCGAAGGGCCGACAGUUUCCAGUGAAUGGAGGUUCCGCAGAUGCCAUUUGGGCAGAGCUGCUGCGAGUUGCAACAAUGGAGAAAACUACGGAUGGACAUCAAGAGCAGAGCCGGCGUGCCUCUCAUCUCCCUGAGGCGACGAUCGAAGACCUCCAGCCCGGAACCAAACCCAGCUACACUGGUGGCGAGAGGGCCGCGCUGCAGCGUCUAAAGGACUAUUUCUGGAACACGCACGCGGUGGCCACAUACAAGAAGACCCGGAACGAUUCCCUCGGGAAGUACUACUCCACGAAAUUUUCCAUGUACAGCGCGACGGGCUGCGUGUCCCCCCGCACCAUCGUCCACGAGCUGGCGCUGUACGAGGACACGACGGGCACCAGAAACGAAUCGACCUAUUGGGUGGUGUUCGAGCUGCUGUGGCGGGAUUUUCUCCACUUCGCGAUCCAGAAGCACCAGAACUACUUCUUUUACGAAGGCGGGCUGACCGGCAGGACGCGGAAGUGGGACAACGACGUGCGGAAGUUCAACCAGUGGGUUCUUGGGCAGACCGGGUUCCCCUUUGUCGACGCGCAGAUGCGGGAACUGCGCAAAACCGGUUUCAUGAGCAACCGGGGCCGGCAGAACGUGGCCAGCUUUCUGGUGUUCACGCUGAAGAUCGACUGGCGGUGGGGCGCGGAGUACUUCGAGCACGCGCUGUUGGACCACGACGUGGCGGCAAAUUACGGCAACUGGAUCACGAUCGCGGGCGUGGGGUUCCAGACCCGGGACAACGUGUUUAACGUCGUGAAACAGAGCAAGCAGUACGAGGCAGAGGGGAAAUUCAUGGAACACUGGAUCUGGGAACUGAAGGAGGGACUGGAGGUAGCUUGUUGUGAUGUGAUGCAAGUAGAUGGCUGUUGACUUUUGCUAUAGGCAAGUUUUCUUUUAUUCGAUUCGUCCCGAAAGUAGUUGCGUGCAGACAAAUGUCGGUUGCGAUUUUUGCAACGAGUUGUUGCCGCAGUUGGGUACAUCAUCAGUUGCGAUUUUUGCGAACGAAAUAUAGCCGGUCCCCAUGCCAACUUGAACUUUUCUAUUUCAGGUCGCGAAAUCCGACCCGGCGACGCGCAAGCUGCUACUGCACACCCCCUGGGAAGUGGUGGACUCGCGGAUUAAGCCGCUGCUUCCGGACUACUACGUGAACCCUAUCGUGGACGCGAAAAAAACCUUCUUCUACGACAAAAACGAGGACUUUUCUGCCAACAACGGUUCUUCAGCUAAGGGCAAGGGCAAGAAGGGCAAGCGCGGGUCCGGGAACAGAAACGACCGGUGGACGCCAAACGGGUUCCACGGCAUGGACUACCACGACAGCAACAUCGGGGGGUCCUCUGGGGGAGCACAGUACAAUUACGGGGAGGGUGGACCACCCGCACAACCAGAGGGCGAGUCGGAAAUGAAGUCGAAGAGAACGAAGUGGAGGCAGAAGCCAUGAUUUUUGCGUUUGCUUCAAACAAGAAAGGAUAAAGGAAACUGUGCAGUAGUGACGAACGCUUGCUUUUUGAUUUAUUGGGCUACGCAUACGACUUAGGUAUUCUGAUUGAACUUCCAGGAAAGUAGAGUGGUUUCGACGUGUGCAGCGCUUGAGAAGGGACUACUUUUGCUUCUCUCAAAUAUUCUCUAGCGACCCAGACUGACUUCUUAGGGAGUACCAACGUGAGUAUCGCGAAGGCGAAGCAAUCAACGAUGUACCUGGUUUUUGGGAAACAUAAAGAAAUCAAUGGGAAAAACUCUUCCAAAAAAGCAAUCCUCUCCAACAAGAUCAGC